AUGGCUCGAAACAGAAGGAAUCAGGGCAGAGGAGACCAGGGAAGAGGGAGCGGCCAAGGCAGAGGCCGGGGUCGGGGUGGACGAGGACGAGGUGAACAGGAGACUCGUCCAAAUGGGCCAGGUGUGGUUAGACGACAGAAGGGCAAGAACAAAGGUCAGAGCCGCAACAAGACGGCCUCUGCUCGGAAGCGCAACGCCGGGCGCGCCGCUGGGCCGUUGCCGGUGAACGUGCAGACCGAAGUCCGAGAAGACGGUAUGUUUUUGCACUCUGAGAUCACUGGCGCACACAAAGAUGCUGUGAUGUCGGUGGUGAUGGCAGCCGACUGUAUCUACACCGCUUCACGUGACAAGACGCUGAAGAGGUGGAAGGUCAAUGUGGCCGGCACUGGCAAGUUCGAGCUGCAGCCCGAGUUGGAAGUGCCCUUGGGGGACGUGUGCUGGUGCCUCAUCAGCGCUGGUGACUGGCUGUUCUGCGGUCUGGGAGAUGGAACCAUCAAGGGCUUCAUGAAAUCUGGCCAGCAAACGGUGCUCAACGGGCACACGAAGCGGGUGUCGUGUUUAAUGACCCAUCAACACGUGCUGCUCUCCGGUGCGUCUGAUGGUUCUGUGAGAUGUUGGCAGAUGAACCAGCACACCACGACCUUCGAGUGCACUCACUCCAUCUCGGAAGGCGUCUCCAGCAGCGUCCAAGCUUUGGCAGUGCUGGGCGAGGGCCUUUGGGUCGGUGGCACCUCAGGGGUUGCCUUAGUUGAGCUGGCCACGCUGAAAGUGGUCAAGCAGCUGGAUCCUCGAAAGUUCGUGGCAGGUUUGCUGCAGUUCGACGGCCACAUGAUUGUGGUCUAUGCUGAUGGCAGCAUCUGCAUUUUCGAUGGCCUAGGUGCCUUAAAGCAUCAGCAGCCAGCUCUUCCAGCAGGUCCUGUGCUUUGCAUCGCAGGUUUGGAAUCUGGGCCCCGGGUGCUCUGCGGCCAUGCGAAACUUGGUGUUGCAAAUCCUGCGGUGGCCUAUACCGCAACCGGAAGCGAAAGCAUGAUGGACCUCUUGCGGCAUUUCUUCUCCCGUGGCCAUGACGGGCGGGUCACCUGUGUCGAUGCCUCAGCCGCUGCGGACUUUGUCGUCAGCGGCGGGGUGGACUACACAGUGAGGAUUUGGAAGUAUGAUGUUCAUCACGCGGCCUAUGACCUCUUUGCCAUCCUGGUGCAAACGCCUCCGCCCAGCCCAGUGGAAGAGAAGGGCAUGUGCGGAAAAGUGUGGGAGAUGGCCUUCGGUAAAAAGGAGGUGGACUAUGACAAGCUGGACCCCGUUGGGGUGACGGCCGUGGCACCCGUUAGCUCUCGUUUCGGAACCACUCAGGACUUGGCCUUCAACAAGUCUGAGAAGAUGCGAAACGGACCGAUCGCCAGUGGUAAUGCCCAUGGAGACUUCUACUUGCACAAUCUUUACUUCCAAGAUGAUGAGGGCGGGGCGGAGGUAAAGAGUUCCUACCAGAGGAUUCUGGGGCUCCACAAAGGGCCCAUCCAUGACCUUGCCGUCGGAGCCCUGUACCGUAACGAGGAGAAUGGGAACACCUUCCACAUUGCCACCAGCGGUGAUGACGGCAAUGUGAAGAUCAUCAGCAUUGAAUGCACGGAACUGUCGAAUCCCACGUAUGAACCACCUCAUGAUCCCCCACAAGGCAUUGAGGCAGUGGCUCACUUCUUCUUCAAAGGAGCUGGUAUCCCCCGCGCGGUCAAGAAGAAAAAAGAAGAACCCAACAAAGAAAACGUCACAGAAGAAGCCGACAUGGAAGCGGCCAUGCUUGGUGAAGAGGAUAUGGAUAUGGAGGACAUGGACAUGGAUGAUGAGGAAUCGGAAGUGGAAGACCAGUAUGUCUUGGCGUUGUUGCAACCCAUGGAGGUGAAGUACACCUUGGAGCACAAAUCCUCGGUGGACUGCUGCCGCUUCGUGGGGGACUAUGGCGAUAAGAAGGUCAGGUGGGUGACCGCUACGCAAGAAUCAGAGGCUCGUGGAGUGUGGUUGUGGUCGGCAGAUGGCAAGCUGUUGAUGCAGAUGUCCAUGGAUCUGCCGGUGUACAACCAUGUAGCCUUCAACAAGCUGCUGGGAGAGUACGAACCCAAACAAAAGAAAGAAGGGAAGAAAUCAGGAGAGCUCCUGGGUGUCAGUGCGGCCUGGAAGAAGAACGGCUCCGUGAUCUUCGCCUCCACCGAUGCAGGCGAGGAGAAGUAUGUGGCCGUGUGGACCAUCGACAAAAAUGGUCUGGUUGGAAAGAUUGAAGAAGAUGAAGAAGAUGGAAGCACAAGGAUCAAGUACGAUGAACCCAGCAAAUUUGAAGCCGCGGAUGGUGAGUUCCACUUCUUCAGCUCCAAGGGCUUGACGUAUGCGAAGCCGCUGACCAUCUACGAGCAGCCGGGCUUGCUGAUGGACAUCGACAAGCAGAUCGAGGGAACGGCCUUCGUCACAGAUGUGCGGCAGGAUUUUGAUCUGGCCAUGUGGAACAUUGAGGCGGCACCCAAGCACAGCAUGUUGGUGAUGCCUCAGGAUCCCGCAAAUUUGCUCAUCAUGCCCGGGCGCGAGAGGGUGGAGCUGAUCAUGACGCACAAGUCCAAGGUCAUUGAUACCCAGGUGGUUGAAGAUUCGGAAGGUCCUGCUGUCGUCGUGGGAUGUGAUGAUGGCGCAGUUUACGCAUGGGAUUUGGGAGGCCAUGACAAGGGCCAAAUCUAUGCUGAAAUGCGCUCGCUCAGCCCCAUGGAGGUCUUCCUGCCUCCCUUUCUGCUGAUCGUCUCAGCUCUGCAGAUGGUCUCCUUCGCCUUCGGCCCCGCGAUUCCCUGGAAGAAAACGGUGAAGCAGCCGGCCGUGGUGACACAUCAGGUCAUGAUGUUGGACUUCAAGUUCACUGUGACCAUUGACAAGGCUAUGAUCUUUUGGCCGGAAAUGAUCGCGGUGUUGACCUUAAUCGUGAUGUUUUUGUUCAGCGCCUUUGCGGGCUUGCCCUCGGUGGCUGAUGGCUACUGCCGAUCUAUUCAGAAUUCCAAGCAGUUCCGCGAUGAGAUGGAAGGUACCCCAGGAUGUGCGCAUUUCGCUCUGAAGCUGGCGAAGACCUUUUCGGCAAUGACCUAUUUGUUGAUGCAGUUGCUCUCAACCGCCCUGGUGGUGCCGAUUGUCCAAUCCAUGGCAGAGUCCGUGCGUUGUGUCUUCCCAGAAGAUGUUCCAUGGACAGACGCUUUGAUUGGCAACCCCAGCGGCAAGAUCGUACUAGCUUCGGCGACUGAUGUGAUGUGCUUCCGAGGGAACCACACCAUCCUCCUGUUGGCGAUCGCCAUUGUUCUGCCCAUCUACCUCUAUGUCUUGGUUCCAUACGCCGUGUGUGCAGGGGAUGCUCACUAUGUGCCGUCCAGCAUUUUGUUUGACUGGAAGGUGUGGGAGGAUAAGAACACCUGGUGGAAGGCGGCCGAACGCUCUGCCACGGAUUUGCACUUGGCCUUUCUUCACCCAAACCCCAGGGAGGUCUUCCGAACCAACAUCCUUGAGCUCUUGGCCAAGAUCCUUCUGCCGGUGGUGACGAUCCUGUUGGCCCCUACGCCCUUGUGUGAAAUGAUUGGCGUGAUGCUCAUUGGCUUGGUGAUGUGGGUAAAUGCCAUGAUCCACCCGGCUUACGUGGAGAAGAAGAUGACCAUUCUGGUUCAGGACUUAAAGCUCUUCACCUUCCUCACAAUGGCAUGUGGAGUGUUCACAGUUUACUUGGAAGAUCCGGAGUCCAACCUGCCGGUGUACUGUUUGCUUGGAAGUGGCGGCUUCGUCGUGGUCCUUCUUCUCUUCCAGUUGUCGCUGUUGGAAUCUGCUCGUCCCAAAGUACACCAACUGAUUGUCAGCAAACAGGGGCCCAGUGAAGAGGCGCAACCCCCUGACCUUGCUAUGGCCGCUCAGCGGCCGCAUGCGCCAGUUCCGAGAAAGUCCAAUGUGACGAAGCAAAAUGGCCUGAAGGGGCAGAUCAGCUCCAUCACUUUGCCAAGCUUUGUGCUGAAGAAGCACUGGCAAGCCCUCGAAAGAUGUAAGGUGCAAACCUUGUGUACCGCAGGGCACGACGGCAUCUACGUGCUUGGAGCGGAAAAUGGCACGGUUCAGCUGUGGCAGCGCGACGCUUCGGUCGACCAAUAA